AUGGAGGGGCGCGCGGCGGCGGGGGACGGCCGGAACGGGCCCCGCGAGCGGCGAGGGCCGGGCGCCGCGGCGGCGCCGCAGCAGAACCACCAGGCCCGGCCGGCGGCGGCGGCGGCGGCGGGGCGGCUGCCCGCGCACUCGUACUGGCUGGACCUCUGGCUGUUCGUGCUGGUGGACCUGGCGCUGCUGCUGGUCGUGUACCUGUGGCCGUGGUGA